AUUAUGUGAUCGAAGCUGUCGAAUCGCCAAUAUUGGAAGAGCCACGUUUCGACUUUCAACUGUUUGAAUCAAUCGGUUGGCUAAGGAAAACGAUGCACAAACAAACAAGCGGCAUUCGACCACAUGGGAUCUGACCAGACACUUGAUUAGCGUGCACCUAUCAUUGACGAAGAGACCCUAUGAGGAAUGUUCCUAUCUACCCAGUUUCUCCCACUUCGCGACUUCGACGUCAUCACCUCCGCGCUGAAUUUCAGCACGGCCGAGUGCCGCGUUAAGGGAUCAUGCGACUUGUACACCACGAAAGCCGCCGGCUCCGAUAAGAAGCUCUACAAAUCGAUUGAGAACUCCCUAGAGGCUCAACAUGCUGCGCUCAUUAAGUUUGGCGCAUCACUGUCGCCGCCACAGCGAAAGGAGAUGGCUGCAUCGCUUAACCUGUCCCGUUCAAGUCCCUUCGGCAAUCUUAGCGAAGUUUCGAGCCGUCGCACUUUUGCCUACCUCAUUGCGACAUUGAACGCGAGCCACCCUGAUUACGACUUCAGUCAUGUCUUGCGACCGACCGACUUCCGCCGUGAGCGCGAUCUACAACAUGUUAUGGCUAAUAUCGACAAUACGCUGCAUAGUGUGCGCCCUAUCGGUACUUCGCUUCUAUCACCCGAUGCGUCUUCGUCAUACCGUACCUAUAGUAGUUCACCCAUGCCGAACUUAACGAUAGGAAGCGACGCGAUUAGCAAUCCCGUCUGGAGCCCAGGCAUGUGGACCAUGAUUGAUAAAGAGAUGACUCUGAGAGACUGCACCGUAUUCUCGUACCAACCCAUCGAAGAUCCUUUCGACGGUGACGAAGCCGCCAUAUGGCGCAUGCACUAUUUCUUCUUCAACAAGAACAAGAAGCGAGUCGCUUAUCUUUACGUUAGGGGCCUACCGAUACUCAUGAACUCGCCCGCACUCCCACCCCAUCGACGUGGCAGCAAUGGUUUAUCGUCGAAGCGUUACGCUGCGCCGUUGCCGGGUAGCUUAGGCGCGAACAAGCGCGCUAAGUUCUGGCUGGGAGAUCAGCUGGCCAAUCGUAUAGUCGCCGAGGACUACGACGACGAUGACGACGAGUAUGAUGAUGAGAUGGCUCAAUACGAUCCCGAUGAGGACAUAGACAUUGACCCGUUGAAUGACCCUUCCACCGACGAAGAGGAGAGUGAUUCCUACGACGAGAGCGAAGAGAGCGAGGAUGAGGAUGAGCAGGUCGCGCACUCCGUUAGAGGCGUCAGUGAGGACAUCGCGGCGCGAAUGGAGAUGUAAAGGACUCUUCCGGAACAGAUUUCCCGUAUGAUCGUUGUUCGUAACUUAACCCCAUUUUCCAUUGGCAUUGUUUGGCGUUC